AUGGCCGCGCUCGCGGCGCCCUCAGAGGACGCAGCGGAGGGCGCCGCGCUGCGCAUGCGCCGCAGGGGCCCCGGCCGGCGGGGCGGUGGCAGUGCGCCACCUAGUGAGAACAAUAGGAAAAUUGUAUCAUCCAUGAAGCUAGGUCAAAUAUCUGGACUUCAAGAACUUGUGAACAUGACAAGUUCUUCCUCCUUUACUUUGAAGGAAGCUGAUCAAAGAGAGUGGUUUCCACUGCGCAAGGUUGCAGCUCGGCUAAUUCCACAAGUAUUUGAUGUCACUUUAGAUGGCAAGAAAGUGAAAAACAUCAUUAACUUUGCUAGCUUUGUGGAAAAUGGGCAAAUGAUCCUGGAAAAUGCUGUUUACCCCAAUACCAUUAAUGACAAGGAGAUAAUCUACUUCUUACUAAAAGAUUGGAAAACUUGUAAGAUGCGCAUAAAACAUUGGUCAGCAAUGCAAGAAACUGCGAAACAGAGAUGCAAAGACAUUGCUGAUGUUCUGAAGAAUUAUGGAAAUAAUAUUAAGGACGAAUAUUGAGUAACAGCACUGGGGGUUACAGCUGAAUGUGGUCACUGUGAUGUGCUGGAGCACCUUAAUCACAAAGGUGGAGAAGUCAAGGUCUUAGCAGAUGAUUGUGCAUCAGUAUUGUUUCAAGCAGCUGGAGGACGUAUUCUAGAUUGCACCGCUCUGCUUUUGACAUAUGGAGGAAGUUGCAAUGUGCCUGGUGAGGCAGGAUUGCUUCCCAUACACAAAGUGGCUUGUGAGGGGCAUUACCUGAGCAGGAAGCAUCUCAUUGCAGCUACAUCCCAAACUUUAAUCCAGGAUAGUGAGUCAAGCACUGUUCACUCUGCUGUAGGUGGCCAGAACCAGUGUCUAGAGCUUGUAAUUGAAAAUUGUUUGGAUAUCAACACUCUCUUAUCUGAACACGUACCUUCAAAUACUUAUGAUGACAGAAGGGAGACUGUACUUUGUUGUGCUGUUUCUAAUAAUCUUUGCACCAAAAUAUUGCUCAAAGAAGGAGCAAGUCUAAACAAGGAUCCUUUAAACUGUGUUCUCAUGGCAGCGAGAGCUGACAGCCAUGGAAUUGUAAAGCUGCUAUCUUAUGGAGAAGAUGUCAACUUAAUUUUGUUGGUCAAUGAUACACAUUACCCCAGUGCAUUUGGUAUUCUUAGACUGGUGACAUGAUGCUGAGGCUGUUGCUCCACAUUAUAUCAUGGAUACAAUGUGGAGAUGUGUUUGGAUUUGUGUCAGGGUAUCUUUGGAAAUUAUUUUGUGUGGCCAGCUCCAGAGCAUGGGCCUAUUCCUGGUUGGACUACUUCUUCAGUAAAGGAUAAAUUAUUCUGUGAGUUUAUUGCUGUCCCAUGAUUGAGACAUUUGGCUGUAAAAGUGACUUGUGUUUUUCUGGAUUACAUGCAUUAUGUACCUCUAAGCACAAGAAUUCAGUUUUUCAUAGAAGCACAGGAAGAAUGAACAGAGAUACCACAGACUGGGUUCACUGAAGCAAAUGGAAAAAGUGAAAAUACCUGGUCCGGGACACAAAGAAGUCUGGGCCAGAGCCCUGACAGAAGGAUGCCCCAGGUGACUGGUGACUUCAGGCAUGGCCUGAGCACAGAGUGCCCCGUGAAGCCAACACAGCUGGCUGCAACUCCAGGCUCCACUGGCCAAUACCUCCUGGACAUAACAGGACGAGUACAUGUGCUUCCUAACAUAUAA